AUGGAAGAGGCUUCAAAGAUCAGGAUGGAAUCUCCUCUCCGAAGGCUGCCACAGUCACCGCCACAGACGGCCCUUCAUCUUCAACGCACCUUGGCUUCCUCCUCCUCGCCUUCCUUCGACCGGGAGACAGAGGACGUCAGGCUCUUCCCUUGCCACUUCUGCAACAAGAAGUUCCUCAAGUCCCAGGCCCUUGGGGGGCAUCAGAAUGCUCACAAGAAACGAAGGACCAUGGCUGGAUGGAGCUCCUUCAAUUUCGUCUCUCCUCACCGCGGGUGGACUACGCCGCCGUUUCCCAUCGCCUCCCACGGAUCCAAGUAUGUCCCGCGUGAGAGCUUCAACUCCCCUGGGCCGCCUCGCUUCGGCGCUGACCACCCGCAGCUGGCCACUGCGAGCGGGAACCGAGCAACGUACGCCGCUGGACACGAGACCAUCGAUCUUCUGAACUGGCAGAGGGGUUCCCACCCUCCACAAGUGCUCUUGGCCGAUGCCUCCAACUCCGACGGAUGCCACGCCGAGCUUGAUCUUUCUUUGAAGCUCUAG